AUGGCUCAAAUUUAUUACAAGUUUAAAAGUGCUAAAGAUUACGACACACUCACCUUUGACGGAUUAGGAAUCACUGUGUUUGAUGCAAAAAAAGAGAUUUUAACCGCUAAGAAAUUAAAAGGAAAUGACUUCGACAUCGUAAUAUCCCACGCCGAAUCCGGUGAAGAUUACCUGGAAGAUACGGCGACCAUUCCAAGAAACACGCCCAUUGUGGUUCGUCGAGUUCCAACCAAACCAGGAAAAGGUACUGCACAGCGCUAUCUAGAGGGAGGGGGUCCGGCUUCACAGAGGAACUUUCCUGUAAAUAGUCGAGGUGGUGCAGGACCCACCAAUGGAUCGAUGACAAAAACAUUUGAUCCAUCAAAGCAACCCCAACAGGCUUCACGAUCUACUCCAACUCCGGUUACUUCCCAUGGUAUGAACGAAGAACAAACAGAAGAAGAUAAAAUUGCAGCAAUGUUCGCACAAUCAACCGAAUUUUGGGAGAGAACUCAAGAACAGAUGGCUUCUAAACCCGUCAUGCGAAGGGCUCCUCCUGUCCGCCCACCCCUGAAACCAGUGAUUCAGAAAGCUCUACCACCUAAUUAUGUGUGCUACAGGUGCGGUCAAAAAGGACAUUGGAUUCAAGCUUGUCCCACAAACGGGGAUAGAUCUUUUGAUCACAUGAAAGUAAGGAAGACGACAGGAAUACCGAGAAGUUUUUUGCAAAAAGUUGAGCAAGUGCCACCAGGGAAAGGUGUUCUUGUGACACAAGACGGAAAUCUGGUAAUAGCACAGGCUAACGAUGCUGCGUGGCAAAAGAUCCAUGCCCGUCAGAAAGCAUACGUGACCUCCAACGAGGUUCUUGAAGACACGCUUCCAAUCCCGGCUGAACUUCAAUGCAUGUUAUGCAAUCGACUACUCAAAGAAGCUGUUAUAACGCCGUGUUGUCAGGCUUCAUUUUGUGAUGAAUGCAUUCGUCACGCUCUGAUCGAACCCGAACAAGAAGAUCAGCAUUUCAAGUGUCCAAACUGUCGAUCGAAUUUGGUUCCCGAUGAGCUUGUGCCAAACAAAUCAGCAAGGGAAGCAGUGGAAGAUCAUUUGAGAGAUUGGGCUAGACGUAGGAAUGAACAUACUGUUACUAAAACUAAUGUUGAAGAUGAGGGAAGUGUUAUUGAAGAGAUCAUGGUUGAUAAUAGCAAUAAUAUUGAUAUUUCCGAGGAAAAGGAAACGGUUGAAUCAUUAAACAGUGAAACCACGAUAAAAAUGGAAGACAAAGAGAAAAGCAUGAGUGAUAUAACAGAAACAUUGGUUGGCGGCGCCGAAGAUGCUGGUCAAUCUUCUCAAAGUCACAAGUCAAAAAUAGAAUCGAGCAAUAAGACAGAUUUACCAAGAAAGCCAACCCACGAUAUGCCAUCACAGACACAAUCGACUUCACAGCAAUCGCAAAUAUCACACACAUCACAAUCAUCGCAACCUCAACACUUUCAGCAAUCGCAACAAAUGCAAAAUCAACGACAGCAUCAAUAUUCUAAUGCUCCCGGAAAAUCAUUCAAUCAAAACCCAAUAUCCUCACAGGGAUACGGUCAAUUUGGAUACUAUAACGAUUAUGGACUUGGUUAUGAUCAAGGUCAAGGUUACUGGUACGAUGAAGGUGUUUAUCCCCAAAUGAACAUGAACAUGAUGAACGGGCCGGGCUAUUAUGAUCCGGGCUAUUUCGAUGGAUUUUAUCCUUCAGAGCCAUUCCCUUCUCAACCACAAUUCAUGCCACACUUUAGACCUCCAAUGUAUGACGAUUUCUGGGACAACAGACCGGUAAUGCAACCACAGGGUAACUUUACACCAUAUAACAUGGGGGGAGUAUCUGGAAUGCCGGCAUUCAGAGGUGGUUUUCAACGUGGCUUUUCGCGAGGCGGUUUCCAAAAUCGUGCACGUGGUCGCGGGAGGGGCACAUUUUUUAAUGACCGUACAUUUCCGGGUGGGCGCGGAGGUGGCGAUUUCAGGCGCGAUGCAAGUGCGUCUCCAUCAACUGGAAGGCGAGAAAUUUCAGAAAGGCCUGAAUUUCGUGAUGAUGAGCCUAAAUAUGAUGAUGAACGACUUGUUGACGAUUUUGGUCGCGACAUGGCACGCCGCAAAUCAUCCGUUUCUCGUAAUUCAGUGGAUAAAGAUGAUAUUCGAGAUAAACAGUCUCCCGUUUCCGAGCAUGAUAGACGUGAUAGAGACGUGAUACAAGACGAAGAUAUGGAAAGUCGAAGACCCAGAGAGAAAGCACCGACUCGUAGUAGAAGCAAGGAACGUUCUCGAAGGAGUAGAAGCAGAUCUCAUCACCGUUCAUCCAGGCGGCAUCGUGAAGAUUCGCGUCACAGCAGAUCACCCUCAAGGAAUGAUCGUUCGUCAUUAGAUAUUCGUCGUAAGUCAUCAAUUUCUUCAAGGCGUCGUAGUCGAAGUCGGGAGGUUGUAGAUAGGAAAGACGAACGUCUUUAUUCUGAUGACCGUCGAUACUCAGAUGAUAGGCGAUAUUACGAUGAUCGCCGUUACUCUGCAUCUGACAAAAGGGAUGAUAGGCGUGAUUCAAAUAUUUCCGAGAGGAGAGACGACAGGCAUGAUUCUGGAUUGUCUGACAGAAGAGAUAAGCGUGAUUCGGCGUUACCAGAAAGAAGGGAUGAUAGGCGGGACUCCGCUUUGUCGGAUAGAAGGGAUGAUCGGCGUGAUUCAACUAGUGAUAGGCGGGACGACCGCCGUGGUUCGUACGGUUCGCGAUACGAGAAACGCGAUACUAUCGGUGAAAAAAAAGAUAAUCGACGAGUCUCGAUGGAUGAUAGGAAGGAAGAGGUUCGCAAUCAAUCGUCGUCCAACGAUUUUUUUGACGAUCGAUUGUCCAAAAAUCUAUCAAGAACGCCUUCUGUUACGAAGUCAACGCAUGAAGAAAAUGGAAAAGAGUAUCAUAAUUCAGAUGUUGAUGUGCAAGACGAUAGAAUCAGUCCAUCCGUAUAUGCAGAACAACUUUCUGAUGACGAUGAUACGCCGCUACUUGAUGAUGAAAUAUCCCCGACGAACGAUGAUAGGCCUUCUACCCCUCCGUCUCCUGAAAAGUAUACACCCUCUUCAUCACCUGAAAAACGGCGUCAUUCAUCAUCACACAAGCACCGUAGUAAUAAAUCCUAUCACCGAUUACAUCGACGUGAGUCUCUCGAGAAGGAUGAUCACGACAGAAGGACCUCCCGUUCCAAAUAUAUAAGUAAUUCAAAGGAAGAACUUCGCAGCAGUAGUCGUAAACACAAAAAACAUCAUUCGUCACGUCAUCAUAACAGACGUCGCCACAGCAGGUCCAAAGAUGGGGAGAAUAAGCGUAGGUACAAGGAGAGUCCUGAAACAUAUCGACAUCGCAGCAAGUCAAGAGAAAGAGAUGAUCACAGAUGA